UUUUUUCUCCCUGCUGCUAUGGUGCUAUGUUCCCCACCCUUUAUCCGUUCAGGCGCUUAUCAAGUUAUCAAUAAUUUGUCAAUUUCGAAGUUCAAUCAGCCUCGGAGAAGUUUGAAUUGUUUGAAUUCAAAAGUUUAAACAUGGAUUCAACGAAGUUUUUAAAACCGAAAGACGAUGUUUCCUGGAAAGAAGAUCGUCAAGAUGUAGACGAAGUAACCGGUACUACAUUUAUUUAUAAUCGAUUUAUCAAUUUGGAAUUGGAGGAACAACGUCGACGACUUCCCAUCUACAAAUACAGACUACACAUUUUGUAUUUAUUAGAAAAAUAUCAAACUUUAGUUUUGGUUGGAGAUACCGGUAGCGGAAAAAGUACCCAAGUUUGUCAAUAUUUAUACGAGGCCGGAUGGUGUUCUGAUGACAUGAAAAUUGGUAUCACUGAACCACGCAGAUUCUGUGUGACAACAUUAGCUCAACGCGUUGCAGAUGAGAGAUGCUGUCCUCUUGGAUCUGUUGUUGGAUAUUCUAUUCGAUUUGACGAUUGCCAAGAUGAAAAACUUACCAAAAUCAAAUAUAUGACCGAAGGAAUUCUGAUUAGAGAAAUGAUGGCAGAUCCAUUGCUACGUCAAUAUUGUGUUAUUAUUCUGGACGAAGUUCAUGAACGAAAUAUUUUAACUGAUAUUUUGAUGGGUCUUCUGAAGAAAAUACUGAGGAAAAGAAAAAGAUUGAAAUUGAUUGUUACUUCCGCCACAGUAGAUGCAGUUUCGUUGAGAGACUUCUUCAAUUUCAAAAAAUUACCAUCUGAAGAGGACACAUCAGUAAUUUUAGGCGCUGAAGGAAAACUACAUUCUAUUCAAAUUCAUUACGCUAUUGAGCCUAUACCCGAUUACGUCGACGGUGUGGUUGAUUGUGUUUGUAAAAUACAUAAAGAUGAACCUGAAGGAGACAUUUUAGCAUUUUUAACUGGAUCAGAAGAAGUUGAUCGAGCGGUAUCUUUGCUUAGACAGCAUUUAAAUGAAAAUAUUAAUAAAUACUUUACGCCUUUAAUACUGCCUAUGUACGGAACAUUGCCGAAUAAUGAUCAACUAAAAGUUUUUCGACCAGCUCCCAGAGGGAUGCGUAAAAUAGUCAUUUCAACCAAUAUUGCCGAAACUUCUGUCACUAUUUCAGGAAUCGUCUAUGUGGUGGACUGUGGAUUUGUUAAACUAAAAUGGUUCAAUCCGAAAACAUAUACAGAUUCAUUAGUUGUUGUCCCAAUUUCCAAAGCUUCUGCUGAACAAAGAGCUGGUCGAGCUGGUAGAACGAAACCUGGAAAAGUAUACAGGCUAUAUCCUGAGGAAGAAUUCGAAAAAUUAGAGAACGCUACGCCUCCGGAAAUGUCCAGAACCGAUUUAUCUCAAGCUGUUCUUCAGCUGAAAGCUUUAGGAAUUAGUAAUAUUCUAAGAUUCACAUUUCCUUCUCCACCCCCAGCACAAAAUUUAUUGUUAGCUUUGGAGUUGUUGUACGCUUUGGGUGCUAUUGAUGACAAUGGUGAAUUGACGAACCCUUUAGGAGUUACCAUGGCAGAAUUUCCUUUGCCACCUUUACAUGCGAAAACUCUCAUUAGUGCUGGGGAUUUCGGAUGUACUGAUGAAAUUUCAAGUAUUUUAGCCAUGUUGCAAGUUGAUAACGUAUUUAUAAAACCACGUUUCGGUGAAAAUUCGAUAAAAGCUCAAAUUGAAAAGAGAAAAUUUGAAGUUCACGAAGGCGAUUUGAUUACUUUACUGAAUGUAUUUACGACUUUUGAAAAAAAUUUAGAAACGGCCAGGAAAUGGUGUCAGCAACACUUCAUCAAUUAUAAAGCUUUACGUAGAGCUUUUGAAAUUAAGUACCAAAUGCUGCGUUUGCUGGAACGGUUCAAUAUUCCGAAAACAUCUUGCGAUGGUAACGUUGAGAAAGUAUGUUAUUGCAUUGCGAGCGGUUUUUUCCCAAAUGCCGCCUAUUUACAUUUUUCCGGUGUUUAUAAGACUGUCCGUGGAGGUGAAGAGUUGUAUGUUCAUCCAACUUCUGUGUUGUAUUCAGUGGAGCAACCUCAGUGGUUAUUGUAUUGCGAAUUAAUUCAUACCAGUAAAUUGUACAUGCGAGAUGUGACGGUUGUGAAGUCUUCGUGGCUUGAAGAGCUAGCACCGAAUUUCUACCACACAGUUCCUACUUCGUCGGCGCCCUAAAAAUUUCUUGUAAUCAAAUUCAUAAAAAUUAUGUAUGUAUCAAUUUUAUAAUAAAAUGUACCUAUUUUUUUAUGAAA